AGGAGUGUAGUUGUUGUGUACAUGCCCUGCUUUGUACCACUCCCUCUAAUCUCUCCACCCCUCUGUCCGUGUUGUUUUCCUCAGAGUUAGCCCAUGCGAGCAGCGUGUGGACUGAGUGCAGCUGUUUCGUUCAGAGCAGAGCCCAACAUGUGAGAAGAUGUCUGUUGGAGGUUGUGCUUGUCCCGGCUGUUCGUCAAAGUCAUUCAAGCUGUACUCUCCUAAGGAGCCCCCCAACGGCGGCAGCUUUCCCCCCUUCCACCCAGGCGCUAUGCUGGACAGAGAUGUGGGGCCUACACCCAUGUACCCCCCAUCAUACAUGGAGCCUGGAAUGGGGAGACCCACACCGUACGGGAACCAGACAGAUUACCGGAUAUAUGAGCUGAACAAAAGGCUACAGAAUUGGACAGAGGACUGUGACAAUCUCUGGUGGGACGCCUUCACCACAGAGUUCUUUGAGGAUGACGCCAUGCUCACCAUCACUUUCUGUCUGGAAGAUGGACCCAAACGAUACACCAUUGGCAGGACGUUGAUUCCACGAUACUUUCGAAGUAUUUUUGAGGGGGGCGCCACUGAGCUGUUCUAUGUUUUGAAGCACCCAAAGGAGUCCUUCCACAGUAACUUUGUCUCUCUCGACUGUGACCAGUGCACCAUGGUGACCCAGAACGGCAAACCUAUGUUCACACAGGUUUGUGUGGAGGGCCGCCUGUACCUAGAGUUCAUGUUUGAUGACAUGAUGAGGAUCAAGACGUGGCACUUCAGCAUCAGACAACACAGAGAGGUCCUACCAAGGAGCAUUUUGGCUAUGCAUGAUCCCCAAAUGCUCGAUCAGCUGGCUAAAAAUAUCACCAGAUGUGGGCUGUCCAACUCCACGCUCAACUACCUCCGUCUAUGUGUGAUAUUGGAGCCCAUGCAAGAGUUGAUGUCAAGGCAUAAGACCUACAGUUUGAGCCCCAGAGACUGCCUGAAGACCUGCCUCUUCCAAAAGUGGCAAAGAAUGGUAGCACCUCCAGCUGAGCCAGCCAGACAAGCUCCAAACAAGCGACGGAAAAGGAAGGUGUCUGGGGGAAGCACCGUGAGCUCAGGCGGGGGCAGCAAUAACAACAGCAACAGCAAAAAGAAGAGUCCAGCCAACAGCUUUUCACUCUCCAGCCAGGUACCUGACCUGGUUGGAACAAAAACCUGUACAGUGCCGGAGCUUGAGGACCGGAGUUGAGAACCACUACGCUAAAUCUUAAACACACACACACACACACACACACACACACACACACACAAACACAAACACUUACACACAUACAUCCACACACACACAUACACACACCCACUUACACACACACACACACACACACACACACACACAUUCACCUACACCUACGGCAUAAAACAUGGAGGUACUGGAGAGAGGUGGUACGCAGCAUGUCUGGACCAGAGCACCAGACGCUACAGAAGUGUGUUUUCAUUUUCUAUGUUUUAGACUUGUUUUGAAUUGUUUUUAUUUUUGUAAACAAUUUCUAAAAAAUAAACAGACAAGCAAGCAAACAAAAACACCCCAGAAUAUUCUUUGCACUGUUUUUCCACUAUUAACUCCAAUCUAUUUUUCUUAUGAAUUGACGGUGUAUUUUCUUUUCUUUUUCUAUUAUUGCUAAUGUAAGAACUGUAAAACAUCUGAAACCUGCAGUAUAUUAAUGUAUACGUAUUGCUGUUAGAUCAUUCUUAUUGUGAUGGUAAUAACUUCCAUGUAAGUCUGUGCUUAAUAUAAAGUCAUCCAUCUGUGUCAGCCAUCACACUGUCAUCAGGUCCAUCGGCUUCAGUGCUAGACGACAGGUCGGGGGAGAACAAGGCUAGUGAUUUAAUACUGUGCUACAUCUUGUUUGAUGUGAGUCCAAAGCAGCACACUGGAAACCAUUUUUCCCCACUAAAUUUCCACCCAGCGCCUGGUUUGGAUCUGUUGACUCGUCAUUGCAGAACUGUUUGCUUUGUCUUGAAAUCUCUUAUCUGGGGGUCCUCUCUUCAGAGAACACAAUAACAGAAAACGUCAAAUUUGCUACUCAAAAAUAUUUUAAAAAACAAGUUUUGACAGGAUUGUAAAAUAAGAAAAAUGACUUUUGUAUUAACUUAAGUUUCCCAGAAAUGUUUUUAAUCACAAUUAAGAAAGCUGCAGACCAAGGAGCUACAUGUAAAGAUUCUUUAGAUAUUGAUUACACUGUGCUGUUUUUUGUUUUAUGACGAAUCAUUUUGUUGGCUUUACUCCUCAUGUUUGUGUCUGUGCUUGUAUAUUUUUAGGUAGUAAUUUCUGUAAAAGUUAUUCUACGUAUUCCUCCCUAGAAUUAUGAGAAACUCAAUCUAAUGUAAAGAGAUGAAAAGCCUCUUAAAAGUUUUUUUAAACGUGAUUUUUAAUGGUACAAUCACUGAUAAAAGAAUUUUGCCCUCAUUUUAGCAAACUGUAUUUAUUUUUCUAUGUACUGACAUUCUGUUUAGGUCCAACCCACCUGUAUUAUACUCAUGAUAUAUGGAGGAGUUUGUGGGGCUGCUGAGUCAGUUUAUUGCUAAUACAGGUCAUUCCAUUACUUUGUUUUUUUGUUUCUCGACAUGUGGCUCCCAGAUUGUUCUGGCCAGUUUAUCACAAUGGUUCAGUAUGUUCACAUUAAAGAGGUAUUUAAUAGCAGUUUUCUGCAGAUGCAGAUACCUGGUCUAUUAGACAACUUGCCAGAUGCACUGAAAAUCAAUAAAUUGCCACAUUUAGAGAAAACAUUGACCUCUACAUCAUCCUUUUUCCUGUAAAGUUGCUCCAUUUCAUGUUGAGUCAUCCUCUGAUGAAGAACCUCGUGUUCCUCAGAUGCUGGAAAUGUGCCACCCUGAGUGAAAUAUGAAUUUAUCUUCAUAUGAUUUGUGGUUUUUGCUUUGUGGUGUAUUUGGUGGAUGUUUUCCAGAUACAUUUCAAAUCUGUAACUGCUAAAUGAAAAAGCUCAAAGUAGAUAUUUCAUUAAUGGAAAUAUGCUGACCAUUGACAUUACAUCAUAUCCUGGGGGUAUAAGACUCACUGGGCUUGACCUUAAGCUGCUGUGUCAGUGUUUCCUGUACAUAUGAUGUAAUGUGUUGCCCAACUCAUGGGCUGACGGCUGUGGAAUAGCAGUUUGCUGACUCUCCCAGCAGGGGUCUCCCAGAGCACCAGGACAGACUAAGCAGCCUGUCAGAAAUUCCUCCAUCAUUAUAUCUGGCAUGAAUGCCGUCUGUGAAUCCACACCGAGCUGCAGGCUGUUGUGUUUAAAUCCUUACUCAUUGUUUCUGGCACCCCUAGUGUCUAGUGUAUCUUCAGCAGGCCGACACAGAAUUGAAUCUAGGGGGAAUUUUUCGACACUCUGUGUUUCCUAAGUUGACAUAAUUUAGGGAAUGAGGGUUUGUGAUAUGUGAGACAGAGCUGAAAUGGCAAUUCACCCAUAGCUGGCUCCUGUAGCACCUCACUAUAGGGGUGAUUUUAUAUCUAUAUUUUUUUGCCAGGUUUCUGUCAUUGAUAAUUCAUGUAUGGUAUCAAUAAAGAUGAAUUUUCACUGAAA